GCCCCACCUGAUCUCCUUGACCCAAAGUCUGCCGCUCACAACUCCAAGCCCCGCCUCUCCUUCUCGGCUGCCAAGCCGGUGGUCCUGAACUCCCCAGAGGACGAGUACGACACCUCACGCUUCACCGUCAUGAGGUGGAAGACAGUAUCAGUCAUCUUCUUCCUGGUGGUGCUCUACCUCAUUGUGGGAGCCCUGGUGUUCCGGGCGCUGGAGCAGCCCCACGAGAGCCAACAGAAGCUGGCCAUCCUGGCCGAGAAACUGGACUUCCUGUCGCUGCACACCUGUGUGAACUCCUCCGAACUCGAGGACCUUGUCAAGGUGGGUCCAGACUCUACAUCCUGUCCACAGAGUUACUAUGUAGGCUAAAGUUAUAGUGGGAAAAACACUAGAUUAUUUCCUGGGAGAAAUGCCCCUAGCUGAUGUGCUAGUGUUUACAUACAGUAAUGAAUGAUAAUGGAUUACAUUUACAGUGUAUGUUGGUUUUUGCUGGAGUGUAAUUGAGGGAAAAGCCUUACCCCUAUAGUGGAACACCCUAGCCGAAGUGAUCACUUGCUAGUGUCUAUCCAUAAUAGAGAUCACUGACAAAAUCUCCCACUACUACCAAUGCUGUGGCACCCACCUGGCUGGCUACCAUGGCUUAUCACUCUGGGGUAAUAGAUACCGUGCUGAUGUGAACGCCUGCUAGUGUUUGAGUACAGGAAUAAUGGCAUUAAUAUUUGAGCCUGUGCUGUGUUUCCUGCUAGAUUUUGUUUUGUAGACGGAGCAUAAAAGCACACUCAACACAACAGCUGGGGGCUUGUGACACCAAAAUAACUUUCAACUCAACUUCAUUGAAGCCAAACUGUUUGAGGCUUGAAUGGGGGUGGGGAGUUAGCCUCGUUCGAACCAUCCUGAUCUCGCAAGCUUGCGAGAUCAGGAUUGUUUGUAUGAGGGGAGUAGGAGGUAAGGAACAGACUUAGCUCUCGCCCGGCUGCCCGCCUAAGCCUCCCUAAGGGGGAAACACCGCAGCAAUGGUGGCUCGUUCCAUUAGUAGCCAUUAGUCAGCUGUUGCACCACUCCAGUAGGGCCUUCAGUGAGGUUAGUGCAAGGCACUAACUGGCUACUCAGAUGAUUUAUUAAUACACACACACACUGCUCUAUCUCACACACUUAGUCCCGCCACUUUCACACACCUCUCUUUAAUAUGCACAGCUUUCAUACACACACUCUCACUAUCACUCUCACUCUCACUCUCACUAUCACUCUCACUCACACUCUCACUUUCACUUUCACUCUCACUCUCACUCUCACUCACACACACACCGUUUACCAAGCUCUCUGUGUUCCAGAGCCCCCGGCUCUCCACCUCGCUGGAUGAAUGAACAAAGACGUUCCCUCGAAGGGAGUAAUUAAAAGCGUGUUUGUUAUUGAAAGUCCGGCCGCGGGGAGAUUCCAGCACAGCGGCACAAGGAUGAAGGCACAUUUGUUAACGCCAACAGAAAGGCCUUCCAUUGUGGGCCUCUUCUUAUCCCCAUCUUAUGAUUCCACAGGGUCAGAUUGAGAACAACUAUGGAAGUGAAUGCUAAAACAGUGCAUUAAUAUGUGCAUCAAUAUCCCUGCCUGCCUUUGCUGGGAGACAGAUAGGAGACAGACAUCCAGAGAGAUGGAGCCAGCAGGCCUAUCAGAGUAGAUGCUAUGCUAAAUGGAACCCAGAAGAGUUCUACCUGGAACUAAAAAGGGUUCUUACUUAUUAUUAUGCCGAUUUUAACAUCACACUAUAACACCGCUCUUAUCACAUUCAACAGUCACAGGCUGGGUUGGCCAGAAGUUCAUGUAAAGUUUUGUCUCCCCUUCACUCACAGUGAUGAAUUGAAGUGGACAGCGCCUUGACUUUGCACCAACCCAGUUGCUGCUCUACUGAAAGUCACUGGGGUAGUAGUAGCUGGGUCGAUCCACCAAUUCAGUGACCUUUGAGAUGUUUAAAAACCCUUAUAAUAGCACAUCUUCAACUUCAUAAAAAACACUUUUUCCCAUAUCAAAAGGUUAAUAAUAGAAAUGACUAUAGUAAGCAAGCUAGCCAACUUUAGCCAGUUAGCUUGGGUGCUUGGUUGGGACAAGCAUGCAUUGGCAGGCAAGCUGCAGAAGGAUGAGUAGGCUACAAUUCCCCAUCGUUUAUCAGUGCAAUUUUGACUGCCAACUAGCUGAAAAAGUUUGAGAGGGUUUAUCUAAUGUUCCUUCGUUAGAUUUUAGCUCAUCAUACUCUGGCUAGCAUUAGUUGUUGAUCUUGUUGUUGUUGAUGUGCAUAAGAGAUAGCCUACCUUUUCAUGGUUGUUUGAUCAAUAGGACUGUAAAGUUCCCAAAUGUAAGAGGACUCCUGUGGUAUAUACAUAUUUGCAGAAAUCAAUUCAGGUAUAUUUUGUGACUUUUGGCGAAUGCGUUCUAAUGAUCUAAAGUCACGCUGUUACUACUGCCUGUAAACACACAGUCCAGUUUAAAGUGAAUUAUGGCUGGCCCGAGUGGCAAAUGGCUUGUCUGCAUAAAGGCCUACUGUAGCUCUGGUUGGCUAUGGCACACCAGUCUGCAUAGACUCCAGUCCUGGAUGAGACAGAUGUUUUUAUUAGGUUUUAUUUACUGCAGUAUCUAUUAAUUGUCCAAACUCACGGCUGCUUUCCCACUAUAUAUUGCUAUAGAAUUUUCACAAAUGCCUUAGUAUAUGUAAAUCCCAAACAUUCUAAGAAUUAGGAAAAUUUGAAAAUGACCAUGUCUAAGUGUGCACUUGUCAGAAAAUGUAGUGUCAUAAUCUUCCUGGGGGUGUAUAUGAACAGACUUUAUUAAGAUUUCAUGUUGCUAAAAUGCUGUCAGUUCCACUUUAAAAUAUCAAAGGGAUGCAAAAGGAACUCAUUUCGUGGAACGACCUCAGUCCCAACUCCCGAGACCCCAGCAAAUAUCGGCUUUUAAUUUAUCUAACUUUCAUUUAUCUGCAUGCCCUUAUAUUUAGCCUCACAAUUAAGUGUUUUACCAUUUUAUUUUCAGGACAUCCAGGGCUACAAGUAGAACACAAACAAUUUGACAUGAAUAGUUGCAUUCAUGAGCUUUAUUGGCAAAUGUAUUUAUGAAUUAUAUGAAUACUGUAAGUACAGAAAUUGUUUGCUCACUGGGAAAUUAAUAUCCAGCUAGUCAGUGAAUUACUGUGUGGAGUUCGGAGUUUGAGACAGCAACUAUGUGAGCUUAUUACAGUAUUAUAGAUACUAUGUCCUGGGAUGUCCUUUGAUCUGCUAUGUAGAAGAACCCCUUAGCUUCUAAUGCCUCUUGUGUAGCUUGUGAGCCACUUCGGGGAUCUGCCCUUGUCUCACAAACAAUACUCUAGCUCAGCCCCCAUUACUGACACAGACUAGUAUCUGAUAUCUAUGGAUGCAGAAGAAAUAGACAAAUCCAAUGGUACAACCCAUAAGUCUGUCGCUCAAACACAUAAUGUUUAAAAGGGGUUAGAAGUCGGUGAGACUCAUUGGGUUAAACUCCUGUUACAAAGUAUUUUUGUGUGGGGUGUAGCCUAGCAUGCAGCCUAGCCUGGGUAGGUGCUGAUUGUGCAGGAUCAGGACCAUGGACAGUGCUCUGUGCUGUUUCCCCUGCUGGGAUGUGUGGCCUGGCUUUAAUAAUACAUAAUAAUAGCAGUGGAACACAGAGUCCCUGAUUUAGCUGCAUGCUGCCUGCCUGCGUUGCAGUUAUGUCACAUUAAUUUAUUUAUUCAAGUGCACUUCUCAGAUAAGAUCAGGCUUGAGUGAUGAUAUGUGAUAUGUUUGCAAGCAGGCAAUCACAGAAUGUGGGAGAGCCUUCAGUGCACUUUAUCAGUAAUGGAAAAAACCUCCCAAUGUGCCUGUGAAAUACUUAAAUCAGAUCAAACAUUUCAUCUGAAGUCCUAAUGAUUCCCACCAGCUCACCAAAUCGUCUCCUUUUUCUUUCUGCUAUGACUCUUUCUGCAGUACAGUGCCUUAGUUCUGUUUUACUCCCACCAGCAGGAUACGGACCACAGCCCGCAUCUGCUCUCCACGAUGAAACAUUGAUAGCCUUAUAAUAUCUGCAGGGCCUUUUUGGGCAGCUAGCAAUAUUUCAAGUAAUUAUUUUAAUCUGACACUCUUUCAGCGAUUUUUUUUAUAUUAUCAUGAGGCUAUACUGUACUCUAGCUAUGUACUGUAUACUAUGUCUUCCUGUGUUGGACUAAGACAUUCUUAGGUGGAGUUUAUGGCCCUUCAGGGACUGAGGCUGGAUCUCAAUCUAUAAAGAUCAUGCCCUUGUCCUAUUACUCUAGGAAACGUAAUGACAAAAUCCAUAUAAUCCAACAAAAGCAGCAUUUAAGGCUCCAACUCUCAAGAGGCUCAGAUUGAUGUUUAUUUAUGUUAUUGAUUGGUUAAAGGGAUUGGUAUGGAAGCAGAAGAGCUGUGUUUAGACUCCACUUGUCUUUCUAUAUUUGUCACAAUGUUUAAUUAUUUUGCUCUGGGACACAUGGAUGGCCAUGGAUUAUCAGUGAGUGGGCGUUCGUUAAACCCUGUGGUUUCCUCUGUGUUUGUUAAAGAGUUAUUUCCCUCCUGGACACACACAAGGAUGUCCAGACCUGUCAUUGAGUCGGCAGUCGUUUGACCCGACAGGUUCUCAUAUUGUUUGUUAGAGCAGGGCUGAACUCACAAAUGAGAUCUGUUAGGAUUACAGAGUAUUGUCGCCAUCUAACAUUUCGAGCUGUUUUAGGGGGGUUUAUAGGGGAUGAACCAUGCUCCGACUCCACUGGCACUAGCUGAAACUCUGAUGUCUGAAGAUGAUAUGAGUGUGCUUGAGAAAGCUUUGAGUUUAGCUGAACCUAUGCAUGACCACAAUUUCUCGCCCGACAGCACAUCCUCCUCAGAUCCCCGAAGUUUCUCUGUGUGUGUGUUCUGUCUCCUUCAGAUGACUUCCCUCUCUGUCUCUCCUGAGAUAAGACUAGUGUUCUGAGUGAGUUUACGCUCUGCUGCUCUAUUCCCUAUGCAACAGUCUGGGAUCUGACAGGACAGUCACGCACAAAGACUACUGGGUCACCAGUCACAACUAACACACAGCUAACAUACACACACACACACUAGCGGCCCUAGCUGCCGCGAGGCCAUACGCACAGCACGUAGUCUGAGAGUAGGAAGAGGCGGCUCUGGUAGUGAAUGAAUGCCGAGUGAAAAGACUUGUUUCCCAGCAUGUGGUGCAUCUACCAUAAGAGCAGACUCAUGCACACAAGUGCACACCCAAUCCUGCACACACGUGCACACACGUGUGCUCUAGUGCACACAUACACACACGAAUGCAUGCAGACACACACACACACACACACACACACACAUUAGGAGGUAUUAUCCUACUUGAGUGGAGUGUGUUUAUAUUAAUGUUUGUGAAAGUAUGUGUGUGACCCUUAACCCUAAACCGCUGUUCUCUGUCUCCUCAGCAAGUGGUCUCUGCCAUCAGAGCGGGUGUCAACCCGACAGCAAACUCAUCCAAUCAGACAAGUUUGUGGGACCUAAGCUCCUCCUUUUUCUUCGCUGGCACCGUCAUAACCACUAUUGGUGAGUCUGCUCACUAA